AUUGUUGCAACGGAAUCAGUAUCACUUCGUUUUCGCUUGUGACACGUACGUACGUACCCCUCUACCAAACUAACUCAACAUGUCUGGCCGCGGCAAGGGAGGCAAAGUUAAGGGAAAGGCAAAGUCCCGCUCGAACCGUGCUGGUCUGCAGUUCCCGGUCGGUCGUAUUCACCGUCUGCUCCGCAAGGGCAACUACGCCGAACGUGUCGGUGCCGGUGCUCCCGUGUACCUGGCUGCCGUGAUGGAAUAUCUGGCUGCUGAAGUGCUGGAGUUGGCAGGAAACGCCGCCCGUGAUAACAAGAAGACCCGUAUCAUCCCGCGUCAUCUGCAGCUGGCCAUCCGUAACGACGAGGAGUUGAACAAACUGCUGUCGGGUGUGACCAUCGCCCAGGGUGGUGUGCUGCCCAACAUCCAGGCCGUUCUGCUGCCCAAGAAGACCGAGAAGAAGGCUUAAAUUGCACCACUCUCAGAUUUCACAAAAACGCGCCGCCAAACAAAACCGUCCUUUUCAGGACGACCAAAAUUC